CCCACCGAUGGCUGCUUUCCUGAGUAUCCUCCCCCAUCCCCAAGUGUCCUCCUGAAUCUUCCAGAUUCAUGGUUCUUCUCAAGAUGGCCAGUUGCCUCCAUGCCACUCAUGACUCCUUACCUUCCUUUCUUGUUGUGGGUAGUUCCUUUCUCCCCUUAGAUCAAUAAAGAAGUUGAUAUUUUACAACUGUAGAAAACUGAGGGAAAAUCAAACACAGCCUAAAUGGAAAAAUAAUGAAAUGGAAAAUAAUGAAAAGGCCAACUAAGACAUACUCUGUUUGUCUAGUACACAGUCUUUAUCCCAGGGCUCCUUAGGCCUCCUGCCUAGGUCACUUAAGGUUUAGUUUUACAUCCAGGUUGGGCCUGGCCUCAGAAUUCUCAACAUCAUCCUCUAGAAUAGAGUUACUGACCAUGUUAUUCCAUGGGGCCUCUCUCUACAUCUUUGCCAGACUGCUCUUUGGUACACAUCUAGCCACCACCAGUCUCUGGCCCUAGGCCUUCAACUCCCAUACCUCCCCUGGGAUCUGGGUGAUUGGAUCAUUCACUCUUUCUCCAACAGAAGUGUUUCUAGGACCUUGAGAAAUCUACACUUGACCCUGAGCCAAGUCUGAACUUGAUGAUGGCCUCUCUGGGAGAAGGAAGCUAGCACCCACCUUAAAACAGACUUUCCAGGCUCUCUGCUUCCCCCAUUGUGAUAGAAUAUUAUUUUAAGAUGUGUUACAUUUGUUUAUGCUGUGGAACAUUUCUGUAAUGAUGCAAAGUUGUAUUGCAUUCUUUUAUGUUGCAUUGUUUAACUCUGUGAAGCUGAAUUACUUUGUCUGUCUAAAACACCUGAUUGGCCUAAUAAAGAGCUGAAUGGUUAUCGAUAGCGAGACAGGAGAGAGAAAUACAUGGGGCUGGCAGGCAUAGAGAAUAAAUAGAAGGAGAGGAACAUUAGAAAGGAGGAGAAGGAGCAAAAAAAGAAGAAGAGGAGGACUCCAGGGGCCAGUCACCCAGCUACACAGCAAGCCACGGAGCAAGAAGUAAAGAAAAGUAUACAGAAAUAGAGGAAGAUAAAAGUCCAAAGGCAACAGAUUGAAGGCUUAAUUUAAGUUAAAAAAAAAAAAAACUGGGAGUGGCUCAACCACCUCGCAAGUGGCUCUCAGCUGGGCGCAGGAUGAAGGCUGGAAAGAGCAAGCGGGAGCGUCGAAGUCAACAGCGACACAGGGCAGAGGGAGUGGCCACCGUGGUAGUGAAGUGGGAGCCUCUGAGCGCCUGUCUCACUCCCCGUCCCCACGCCCCAGCUGCUAGCCUGUCCCCGCCCGCCCUGAGCCGGGCUGCCUGGGGCCACCAUGGCAGUCAAACCCGGGGAGCGAGCUGGUCCCCAGGCAAAAGGAAAAACAAGUCCUCAGGGAGAAGCAAGUCUCCACCGGCUAACAGAAGCCGGAGUCCCCACUACUGCACGGUCAAAGUGAAUCAGGAACGUGAGAACCACCCACGGGGAGGACGAGAGGAUCGGCAGCCCAGGGAACCAUCCGAACAGGAGCAAAGGAGAGCUCCUAACAGUGAGCGAGAACUGCACUGGGGCCCUUCCCACCAAAGGAGGAAGAGCUCUGAUGAGAGUCCUGUCGGUAGGCAGGGUCUAGACAGCCAAAAUCUGCAGGCCCGGGAAGAAGAGAGGGACUUUCAUAAUGCCAGGCGUCUGCGCUGGGAGCAUCACCAGCAGAAUGAAGGUGCUGGCGGUGAGGCUCAGGAGGUGAUCACUCGCCCUACUGGUAACAGUAGCAAAGAGGUGUCUGUUAAAGAAAAACCAAGUUUUAAGCUUUCUGGGGUACUUCUUGAGGACACCAAUACCUUCCGGGGUGUGGUUAUUAAGUACACCGAGUCCCCAGAAGCCCGAAUCCCAGAAAAACGGUGGUGUCUCUACCCCUUUAAAAAUGAUGAGGUACUUCUGGUCAUGUACAUCCAUCGGCAGAGUGCUUGCCUUCCGGGUGGAGAUCACCGCAUGGCCACCGACAUUCCCAUCGACCAUCCCUCUUGCUCAAAGCAGCAUGCAGUCUUCCAGUACCGGCUUAUGGAGUACAUGCGUGCUGAGGGCACAGUUGGACGAAGGGUGAAGCCCUUCUUCAUUGACCUUGGCUCAGGCAAUGGACCCUUCUUGAACAACAAGCAUAUUGAGCCACAGAGAUACUAUGAACUGAAAGAAAAGAUAUCCUUUAAUUUAGGUUCAGUAGCAGAAUAUGUCUUGCUCCAUGAGUCUUCAGGCAGCUCUGAAAUAGACAGGAAGGAAGAUGAAGAUGAGGAGGAGGAAAUGGGAGGCCAAGGCAGGAGGAUCUCUGUGAGUUUGAGGCCAGCCUGGUCUACAGAGCGAGUUCCAGGACAGACUCCAAAGCUAUCUGUCUUGCAGUAUGAGAACUCUCAUCUUGUGUUUUGUUGA